ACGCUUGUGCUGCUUUGACUGAACUUAAAACAAGUUAAAUGUCGAAGUCCUGUUUACUUAACGUCAAGACAGUUGAGUAUCACUGUUUUUUGGUUUUUUUUGUUUUGUUUUUUUUUUUACCAAAAUUGGCGCCGUAAUCAUCAGCGAAGAUUGUUCCAGUUCAAGCUUGGCAGGGGUGUAUGUGGAGUCUGAUGAUGGGUUCCUGGCAGCCGGUGACCAACCUUAGAGAUUAUAUAUCCCACAAUCCUCCAGGGGCUACAUUUUUCCUGUGUCUGUUGACCUUGGCUAUCUCCUUCAUCUGCCUCAGCUCCUAUAGCUUCACUCACACUCUGCCUAACCCUGACAUAGAAAAGGACUGGAACCAUCUGCUGUCAUCCUUAUCUCAGUUUCAACUGUGUGUGAAAGCUAAUGCAAAUACAUCUGAGCUUGUAACGCCAGUCCCCUCUCCUGUGAUGGAUAGAAACGCUUUAGUUAAACCCUCAAAGACACCUUCUCUCACCACUUUGCGUCUCAAGGUUCCCCUGACUGUGACUACAGACUCAAACAGUGGCUCUCUGAGUGAUCUUAGUUUACACACUGCCUUGAACGCAAGUCAGUUAAAUCUUGGAGGCAAUGAGGUUGUUAAUGUUACUCUAGAGUUUUUGUCUGGAAAUGAUACCUACACUUGCCUCACCAUAAGUGCCCCAACACACCACCUGCCUAUGAGUCUACUUCCACCAGAGUGCCCAGCGUCUGAGACAAACAUUUCACCCAUCCAUGUAGAAGCGAGCAAAAAGCCGUCGACAGCAUCACAAACCUGCUACAUUCUACAAUCCAAGAAUGAUCCAACACUCACAGUCAUGUUAACACAGGAGGAGCAGAGCAUUGCUGUGCGACAUCAGCUGGAAGUCAGUGUGUGUCUGCUCGGAGUUUGUUUGAUACUCUGUGUAGCUGUGAGUCUGACGCAUUCAGUCACACGCCGCUCCCACUGGAAUGGUCUGGAUCUACAAAAUGAGUCCUUGAUUGGCACCUGAACAUUUUUCAUCCUCUGCAUCCUAAAGAAAUCAGUUGAUGGUGGUGGUCGAGAGAGAGGAGCGAUAUGUGUCACUAUCUUUUAAAGGGACAUCUCGCAGAUUUUACAAGAAAAACCAGUUUGCACAUCAUGCCGAGUACGACUCGGCCUGUGAAAACAGUUGUUUGAUGUCCUCUGUAGGUCUGAAGGGAGCUUGUUAAAGCCUGAAGGUUAUCUCCACUUGUGUUUGGAGAAUAGAUAUUUAUGUUGCAUCCAGCAAAGUGAAUAUAUUUAAGCUAACAUUUUGAAUCUGUCUCUUACAAGUUUCCCAACUUUGUGAAAAUGCAAUUCUUUAUCAGAGCGUUCCUGUUAAAGGAGAUUGAAAUAUUUUACAGUAUCCAAGUGAGAAACAUGGUUGUGAUAAAGAAGGAGUAUAUUUUGUCAUGGGACCACGGUGUAAUGGGAACAACUCUUCAAUGACUGGUUAUACAUUUACUAUUCAGUACGGUUUGUGCAUGAACAUGUUAAGUGUUUCUUCCAUUCAAAACUGUGAUUUUUUUUUUGAUUUUUUUUUUUUUUACUGUGAAGGUAGUGGUAUUAUAUACUGUUUUCAUGUCAGCAGGUGUGUUUGCUUUUUAUCUUUUACUGGAUUUAAUUUAUAUGAGCAUACUGGGCUACUUUUAAUUUACAUGUCUGACAUUGAAAGUUAAUUGAAUCCAGAUGCCAAAUCAACAGACCCACCUGUACUCUUGCAUCCUCCUACAAUGUGUUACAUCACUUGCAUAGCAGCAGAAACUUUUAAAAGUGUGUUUAAGAAACACCCAAAUGUCUCUUGCUUGAAUUUCAAAGCAACCAAAAGUGUUUAUGUGAGGAGAAGAAAAGGGAUGUAACAUCUACUGCUAUGAUACAGCCAUUUGUAAUGUUGGUUUAAUGACAAAGAGUAUUAGGACACUAAGCACAUUAAAGUGAGUCUAUGUCCAAUAGAUUCUCUGAGUGAAAAUUUUUAUAGUGACUGGGAAGUUAUGGAACUCUACACCGAGUGUCUUUUGUGUAAGUAACCAACACUGGUUAAAUUUGUGGUUCUGCCAAAUGAAGGAAAGCUUGUAAUGUAAGCCUUAAGGCUUGGCUUGAUGCACUCACACAAAAUAAUGGUAUUAACUAACUUUUGCAGUUACUCGUCUAAAUGACAAUGAACUAAAAAAAAAAAAAAAACUAACAACCUUGGCUACAC